ACACGUCUCACGCCCGCACUACCACACACACACUCUCUCUCUCGCACAUCCAUACACAUACCAUACAGACAUACACAGCCGCAAUGGCCCUCGACUCGGUCUCCGAGAUCCUUCAACAGGAGAUGGUCAAGUCGGCCACCAUUGUGGAGGUACCUGCUAUGCCAACCCACCUCACUAUCGUCACGGAAGACGGAGAGAGCGACGACUCGCCGUCGCCGUCGCCGCUCGGUGCGCACCUGCCUGACACCAGCUCGCCGACCUCGGCAAACGGCUUGGUCCCGCCACCAGUCUCCCGCUCGUCGUCGGCACCGCACCUCAACGGCUCGGUGCCAUCGCUGGCAGUGGCAGAUGCUAACCUCACGCCGCUACAGAAGCGACUCUCGCUGACAAAGGCUGCCCGCUCGGCGGCCAUUGCCGCCGUCGAGUCGCAGAUGGCCGCAGAGGCCAAGACCACGCCGCUCUUCCAGUUCCUCUUCUUCCAUCUCGUCUCCAUGCAGGAGAGCUUGCAAGAGUCACAGGCACUGCUCAAAGAUGGCGACGAGGUCAUCUCGACUGUCGCCCGUGCCAUGCUCUCGUGCCAGGCGCUUGUCGUGCAAGCCGGCAAGCUCGCCGCCGUCGUCUUUGCCUCGGAUGUCGACAACGUCAAAGGCGCGCUCCGCGCCUUUGUCAAGUGCAUCAAGGAGGUGCUCGGUGCAGGCAAGGCCCUGGCCAACUCGGAGCCGUCGGCCCGCGCUGAGCUCAUGCGUCACUUGCGCCACGUGCGCGACGCGUCGACCUCGGUGGUCCAGGCCACGCCGACGUGUACACUCACCGGCGAUGAAAACGCCGAGCUCGCCACCCUCAUGCGAGUCCUCAUCAAGGUCAUUGCCUCAGUCUUCAACUUUGUGCCCACCAUUGCAUCCAACUCGUCGGCCGAGGUCCGCAAGAAGCGCGCCGCCACCCAGUUUGUCGCCCAGAUGCUCCGGCGCAUGGCUAUCGAGUACUACAAUCCCGGCGAGACGAUUGUGUCCAAGGGCGAGCGCGGCAAGUGCAUGUACUUUAUCACCUCGGGCGAGGUCGAGAUCAUCUUGCCAUCCACUUCCAAGCGCAAGAAAGACAAGGACGUCGAGCCGCGCGAGAACCCACGCCUCGGCGUUGGUGCCUUUUUCGGCGAAAUCGCCCUGUUUCUCUCCAAGAAGCGGACCGCCACCGUCCGUGCCCUCACCCAGGUGGAUCUCGCCGUCCUCACCAAGGAGGCGUGCGAAUCGAUGCUUGAGAAGUUCCCUGACAUCUACAACGACUUUAAGCGCAUGGGUGAAGCCCGCCUCAUGGGCACCAUGAAGCGGCACUCGUCGUCCAAGACCUCUGAGGUCCCCGAGUGGUUCUCUGACGUCUCGCGCCGCGUUGCCUCGCUCACCGCCAAGCCCGUCCUCAAGAUCUACACCCCGCACCGCGCCCUCAUCCUCGACUCACUCUUCAAGUCGACCGACGACGAGUUUGUCUCGAAGCUCCUCGCAAAGCCGGAAGAGACCGUCGGCAUCCUCGCCUCAGUCUGCACCCGCGAGGAGAUGGAGCUCCUUGUCCCGCAUCUCAUCUGCCUCUACGACGCCCGCAAGGCCAUCGUCACUCUCGUCGAGUUCUGUAUCACCUUUGAGGUCGAGCGCACCCCGCUCGACAUGGCCACCUCGCUCAUGCGUGGCUCGUCGUUUGGCCCAAAGGUCCUCACCGCCCUCCUCGCCGCCGUCGGCGACGACUACACACACACCGUCUGUGCCCCGGGCUUUGCCGCCCUCAACGCCGCUGCGCCGGCUCUCGUCGCUCUCACCGACCCGCUUGCUCUCGACGAGAUGCCAGGGCCUCAGUUUGAUGCCCUCGUCUCGCAGCUUGUCUCGGUACUCGACGUUUUUGUCGCAUCCAUCUUUGCGCCGUCGGCGGUCCGCGCGUGUCCCAUCAUUGUUCGUAUUGCCUGUCACAUCCUCAUGAUCGCCGCCGAAGCCCGCUUUGGCCAGUUUGAGACCAUCAUUGGCGGCGUCCUCUUCCUCCGCCUCAUCUGCCCGUCCAUCCUCAACCAGUCGCAGCGAUUUGGCUACGACCCGCGCCCGGCUCCCAACCGCAAGCUCCUCAUCCUCAUUUCCAAGGUGUUGCAGAACCUCUCCAACCGCACCACCUUUCCACCCAUCCACCGCUACUCUCCGGCCCUCAACGACUGGCUCUCUUCCAAGGACGUCGACCGCCUCGCCUUUAUGUCGGACAUUGUUGAUCUGCCGUUCUCCACUUCGACCCGCGGCACUUGCAUCCAGACUUUCAAGUCCAAGCGCAACGAGGAGCUUCCGCUCGAGCUCGGUUGUACCAUCGACGACAUCAAGACCACCUCGUCGCCCUCGUGGCUCUUUGGUGUCCGCGGAGAUCACUCAGGCUUCUUCCCCGCAAAUCACGUCACCGUCGCCUCCCACCAUGUCUACGUCGGCGCAGACGCUCAUCACCUCGGUGACUACGGCUCUGCUCCCGCCGCGCCUGCUGCGCUUGCUACGCCUGCCACUGCAAAGCGCCGUGCCGCUGCUUCUGCAUCGGCUUCGGGCUCUGCCUCCGCCUCGGCCUCUGCAUCUGCCUCGUCGGCCUCCUCCUCAUCGUCGUCAUCGUCCUCGUCGGACUCUUCAGAUUCAUCAGACUCGUCGUCCUCGUCGUCGUCAUCCGACGCUCCAAAGGCCACCAAGAAGGCCAAGACCAAUCCGGCUUUGGCUGCCACUUCUGCACCCAAGUCUGUACCCGCUAAGCCGCCCGCUGCCGCCACCGGCUCUAACGGCAAGGUCAAGACCACGCUUGUGCUGAGCGAGGACCCGUCCGAGAACGUCGCCUACAUCCGCCAGCUCGCUAACUCGAAGGAGCGUGAGAUUUAUGCCUUUGUUGAAAAGGAACUGUGAACAAACACGACCCUGCACACAA